GCUGAGGCUAAACUCAGCUGCUACCUCCGGCAGGCCUCGGACCCCAACACCCUCCCUCUCACAUCAUGCUGCCGGCGGCCACUCCAGCCUCCCUCCUGGGGCCUUUCCUCACAGCCUGGGUGCUGCCUUUCUUGCUGCCUUUUGCACAGGGCCAGACCCCCAACUACACAAGACCUGUGUUCUUGUGUGGAGGGAAUGUGACCGGGGACUCUGGUUACGUGGCAAGUGAGGGUUUCCCAAACCUCUACCCCCCCAAUAAGGAAUGCUUGUGGACAAUAAAGGUCCCCGAGGGCCAGUCUGUAUCCCUCUCCUUCCGAGUCUUUGACCUGGAGCUGCAGUCCUUUUGCCGGUAUGAUGUUCUUGAGGUCUUUGCUGGAUCUAGAAUCUCAAGGGAGCAGCGGCUGGGGCGCUUCUGCGGGACUUUCCGGCCUGCGCCCAUAGUCGCCCCAGGCAAUGAAGUGACUUUGAGAAUGAUAACAGAUGAGGGGACAGCAGGACGAGGCUUCCUGAUUUGGUACAGCGGGCGGGUCCCCUCAGGUACAGGCCCCCGCCCAGGCGCAAGGCGGAAAUGGGUCAUGGACCCACGGGUGGAAUGGGCGGCCUGGGGUUACUGGGACGAGCACCAGGUUUGCGGGGGGCGGCUGGAGAAGGCGCAGGGAAUCCUAACUACACCCAACUGGCCUGAGUCUGAUUACCCCCCAGGCAUCAGCUGUUCCUGGCACAUCAUUGCACCCCCGGAUCAGGUGAUCGCCCUGACCUUUGGGAAGUUCGACUUGGAGUCUGACACCCACUGUCGCUAUGACUCGGUCAGCGUGUUCAAUGGAGCUGUGAGCGACGAUUCCAAGAGACUGGGAAAGUUCUGCGGUGACCAGGCCCCGCGCCCCAUCACCUCUGAAGGAAAUGAACUCCUGGUCCAGUUCGUCUCUGAUCUUACUGUCACUGCUGAUGGCUUCUCUGCUUCCUACAAAACCCUUCCACGCAGUACUGUUGAAAAAGAGGAAGCCCCAAGCCUGAGGGAGGACACCCACAAAGUCAGGCUGCUCGCCAUGCCCAAGCUCCAACCUAACCAGAAGCCAGAGGUCUCCCCUGAGGCCAAGGCAACUCCAGUGGGCACUG